AUGAACAUUACGAACACUGCAAACGAAGACGCUAGCACGGAUAGGAACUCAAAGGAUGACAGGGAAGUGGCACAGGAGAAAUUGCUUUUGGAACGGGACGCUUUCGAAGGGUAUGCUCCGAGUCCUGUCAAAAAGGCCAGAGGACGACAUACUUAUCGAUCGGAUGGCCUCCUCGAAGUCAAUCCAAAAGGACCUCAUCCUAUCUUUGAGCUCGUCAAUAACGCGGAGAAGGCGUGGAACGAGAAGUUACGGAAGGCUAGUACAUCUCUUGAUGAAGCCAUUGGCGAAUACAGACGAAGAUAUCGAAGAAACCCUCCAAAGGGUUUUGACAAGUGGUGGGAAUAUGUUCAGAAACACGAUGUACAACUCCCGGACGAGUACGACCAGAUAUAUCACGACCUGGAACCAUUUUGGGGUUUAGAACCAUCAUACCUCCUUGAACUACAAGCCGAAAGGGAAUUUAAACAGGACACUUACACAAUUGGGAAGAACGCUGAAGGGAAACUUGAUAUCCUCCAAACAUCAUUCCAGGAGGGUGCAUAUGACCAGCUGAUAUGGAUUGCGAACAAAGUGUUAGAUAUACUUCGUGAUAUCGAAGAUGACCUUCCUUUCUUUCGUGCAACGUUCACUCCCCACGAUGGUCCGAAUUUGAUGACUGAUUAUGUGGUCAAAAGUACACUUUUGGAGGCAGCCAGCACAGAUUCUUCAGACAUAGGAAAGGAACGACUUCCACCAAUCCAUCGUCUAGGAUGGCUUUCUGCUUGCGAUCCGGAGUCUCCAGCUCGCCGAAUUGACUUCAAUCUUGAUGGGCCUAGACCACUGAAACCUAAAAAAUCCUUCAUCCACGACCAUCUUCUGACGAUGGACCCUUGUUUACAUCCGCACCUGUUCUGGGUGCACGGACAAUUCCUCUCCCAUAAUACAGGACCUAACCCUUAUUCCACCAUGAUUCCCGAGUUUUCCUCUUGCAGUACUUCUCUUCACCACAAUAUCCGAUUUCCCACACCUUAUGGAUGGAUCGAAGACAUCUUACCUCGUUCCGAUGAUCCUGAUUUUGCCGACAAGACCGACGAGCGUUUACUCUGGCGAGGGACGAAUACCGGUAUUCAUCAUUCUCCACGGACCCGCUGGCAAAGCUCCCAAAGGGAUACUCUCGUAAGAAUUGCCAACGAGGUUAAUGGAACCCUUGAGUACCUUGUCCCACCUAAUCUUGGGUAUGAAGAUCAACCUGUCGAUAACCCUAAAACAGCGCGAAGAGCACGAUUGAAUCCAGCGAUGAUGGAUGCUGCAUUUGUUCGAGAGCCAUCGCAGUGUGUAGAACCAACGUGUAGCCAAAUGAAGCAGACAUAUGAGUACAAAAAUAUGCAAAGCAUGAAAGCUGCAGGAAAUUACAAAUAUGUCCUUGAUGUUGAUGGUAACGGUUGGUCUGGUCGUUUCAAACGUCUAAUGACCUCGAACUCGUUGGUUUUUAAGACCACUAUAUAUCCCGAAUGGUUUGUAGACCGUGUAGCACCCUGGGUGCACUAUAUCCCAGUCCAGGUGGAUCUAUCAGACCUCUAUGACUCACUAAUAUUUUUCCGCGGGGACUCUAAUGGUGAAGGUGCUCACGAAGAGCUUGCACGGCAGAUCGCAUUGCAAGGUCGGGAAUGGAGCAAAAAGUACUGGCGCCGAGAGGAUAUCAUUGCAUAUUCGUACAGAAUGUUUUUAGAGUAUGCCCGACUUAUGAGCCUCAAUCGAGAGGCAAUGACCUACCAAGGGGAAGGGGAAUUACACUUGGAUCGAUGGAGUAAGGACAAGGACAUUGUGCAAGACCCACUCUUGCACUGA